AUGGGUGACCAGCAACCUCGACGACUGAGUGUGGCGACUGCGACGACGACGACACGAACGACGGCGAUAGAUUUAGAGUUGCCGUUGCACGAGAAUAGAAGUAGUACGACGAGCAGUGGAAGUUCACGUGAUAAUAUUGUGGUUGAUGAUUACGAGCUUGACAACCUCACUCCGACAAGCAGCAGAGGACAGCAACAACAACAACAACAACGAGGGAAAGCGAGAAAUAAGAAGAGAAGCAAUACGCACCUCCGAAUAGACACUUCUUCCUCCUCCCACGAACGCGAAGGACUGCUUGAGCUUUCUCCCGCCUCGGACACCUCCUCCUCCUCCGCCUCACCCUCCACAACACCCUUCAUGCCCUCCCGCCGCACACGCUCCCGCACCCCGAACCCACGACCACCGCGAACCUCCACAAAAGCACACGCAAACGGAAACGGAAACGGGAGCACGACCUCUGCAGCCACCACCCCCACAACAGCAGAAAUGAACGGUUCCUUCCGCGAAAGGAAUAAACACCACAGCCUCAAUGUCCCCGACGACAGUUCCGCUCAGACCGCACGAUUAAUGGAACGCAGCUCCUUCACACUGGAUGAGGCACCGCCGGCCCUCAGUCCGAUGAGCGAGAAGGGGUUAGGAGAGGGGAGUGAGAGUAAAGGCUUCUUCGAACUUCCCAUGCAAGAUCGACGGAAUUUCCUGCUGUUAGUACUACUAUACUUUUUGCAGGGCAUACCGAUGGGAUUAGCAGGGGGCAGUGUGCCGUUCCUCCUCAAGAGCCAUCUGAGUUAUGGGCAGAUCGGGGUAUACAGUCUCGCCUCCUACCCAUACAGUUUGAAACUCCUCUGGUCCCCAAUCGUAGACGCCAUCUGGUCCCAGCGGGUAGGAAGGAGAAAGAGCUGGAUCCUGCCCAUCCAGGCGCUUUCAGGACUGGGCAUGAUCUGGCUGGGAACCCACGCGCAAGAAAUGAUGGAAGCAGCCGGCGCAGACAACGGCGCCGGCGUCUGGGGCUUCACAGGCUGGUGGUUCGCCCUCGUCUUCAUGUGCGCAACGCAAGACAUCGCCGUCGACGGCUGGGCUUUGACCCUCCUCAGCCCGGCCAAUUUAUCCUACGCCAGUACCGCGCAGACUGUAGGCCUCACAGCCGGCCAUUUCUUGUCGUAUACCGUCUUCCUCGCCCUCAGCAGUCCGGAUUUCACAAACAAAUACUUCCGGCCCGCCUCCGCCCCACUCCCGCAGGGCUUGAUGACUCUAAACACCUACCUCCAAUUCUGGGGCUACGCCUACCUAGUAGUAACCCUGGGCCUCGCCCUCCUCAAGAAAGAAAACCGGGAGAAACGCGACGAGGGCGUGUGGUCCGUCUACAAAAUUAUGGGCGGCAUCCUCAAACUCCGCAACAUCCAGAUCUUCAUCCUCAUCCACUUGAUCGCCAAGAUAGGUUUCCAAGCCAACGACGCCGUCACGAAUCUCAAGUUACUGGAUAAAGGGUUUAGUCAGGAAGAUCUCGCCCUCACAGUCCUGAUCGAUUUCCCCUUUGAGAUAUCAUUGGGUUAUUACGCGGGGAAAUGGAGCGAGCAAUACCAACCCAUUCGAGUCUGGUGCUGGGCUUUCAUCGGGAGAUUGGCAGCCGCCGUGUUUGCGCAGCUAGUCGUUAUGGCCUUUCCUGCGGGUGGCACGACGGUGUGGUAUUUAGGGGUCGUGGUGGUGGAGCAUGUGUUUAGUACGUUUAUGAGUACGGUCAUGUUUGUCGCUAUCAGUGCGUUUCAUGCCAAGAUUGCCGAUCCGGUGAUUGGCGGGACGUAUAUGACGUUGCUUGCUACGGUCAGCAACCUCGGCGGCACCUUCCCGCGGUUCUUCGUCUUGAAGUUCGUCGAUGCUUUCAGCGUCGCUACUUGCAUACCUCCCACAACGGCACCAGCGGACUUGAAGGGAAGCCUGAUCACGCAGCCGUUUAGUUGUGUGCUAGAAGCUGAGAAACAUCGAUGUCUGGCCGGGGGUGGGGUGUGCAACGUACAGAGAGACGGGUAUUACAUCGUCAAUAUCCUCUGCGUGGCCUUUGGUGUCGUGACGUUUUGGGGGUUUAUCCGGCCGAGGGCGUUGCAGUUGCAGGCGCUGCCUUUGCGGGCUUGGAGGCUGGGUGGUGGGAGUUAG